AACCGUUGCUUUUAAUGUCAAACAAAGCGGCAACGCCGGCAUCCCCACGAAUAAUCAGUGUUAAGCGCGUAUUUUUAUUUUUUAUAUGAUAUUUGGCGUAACUUGUUUAUUUAAAUCGCGGACGUUGAUGCACUAAAUAUAAUCGAAAUGGAGUGGCACGAAGGCGAGUUGGAUAGCCGCCGCACGGUUGCCUUUCCCGAACGCACAAUUCCCGGUUUUGGACAAACUGAUCCGGCGGAUUCCGGCGAUUACAUGGGAGGAAUAAUCGGCGAUGGACAGUGGGGCUGGGUCACCUGCCGGUAUGCCAAAGACGCCACAUUAAUGGUCUGCAGCAUGGCCACAGGUGAGUGCAUCUCCUGCCAUUGCUUCUGGAGGGAAGAUGCCGAUGAGCAGGAACAGGAGCAUCGCAGCAGCAUCCGUUGCGUGGAGGAGCUCUUCCCGGGCGAACCAGAGCGUUCCGGCCUCCUGGCCAUAUGCCUGGAGUCGUGGCCGAACGGGGAACUGCGCCCUGAAAAUUGCCCGUUGGCCAGCACACAGGUGCUCAUCUUCGCGAUUGCCAGCGGAAGGGUGCUGCGCAGCUUCAACUUGCAGGAUCUGCACUGCAGCGCGUUGGCCUUCCUCGACCAGCGAAUAUGUGGCGGCACACGGUUGGCUCGCUUCGAUGGCUGCUUACUAGUGGCUACCGAGGAGGGAAUGGUCCAGCUGGUCGAUCUCAAUGGCAGUAGUUUAAUGGAGAAGCGCAACAGCGACUACAGCAUCUGCCAGUCGCCCAGUGCCGAGAAUGAGCCGCGCUACGGAGAGCUUUACCCUGUUCUCUGUGAGGAGGUGAUACGCAAAAUCGAUGUUUUGCUGGACUUAUCUCGGUCCAAAGGAGGCCACUUGGCCGUGCAGGUGGACGUGGCUCGCACUGGAAUCCGCUGCUUGAUGGGCAUCAGCAUUGCACCUGGUUUUGCCGCCGGAUUAGAGGAUGGCCGCGUUCUGAUCUACGAUUUGAUGCGGUUCAACGUGACCGCCUCUCUGCAACCGCCAAAGAAGGAGGGAAGGAUUCACGGGGCCGUGGAGCGAAUGUGCCUUAUAAUGCCGCCCGACGAUCCCAAGCCGUGUUUCUACAUAUGCGUAAUGUACCACAGCGCCGAGCGGUUGAACAUGUUGUUGCACUCGGUCAACUACCGGCGAUCCUAUGUGGAGCAGGAUGGCGAUGGAUUCCGCUUCGAGCACUUCCAUUCGAGCUCCGUUCGCAAUCACCAGGUUUUCGACGGCGAAAACUGUUCGGUGAUUGCCUGCACCACGGCAUCUACGUUUAGCUUUGCUGGCGACAGUGGAACACUGCUGAUCAUCAUGGCUUGGUACUCGACCACCGAACGCAAGAACAAGCUCGUUUUGUUCGACAUCAAUCAGUGGUACAAGGACGAGAUGCCCUCGUGCGUGCGACCUUACGAAGUUCCCCAUUACAUCGCCGGCUAUUUUCUUAGCCAGAAUGGCCUUAAUGGUCUCCCAAUGGGAUUGGGAUUGCAGCUGCACCCGAACUCCAUAAUGCACUUUGUUUCGCUGCAGCGCUACGAUGAGCACUUCUAUCCCGACUCCCUUACUUUUGAUUGCAAGCUGUUAACCCCAACUGGCAGCCGCUAUUACGCUCAGAAUGGAGUGCAGCACCGUUUUUUAAACGCCCUGCGAUGGGAGCGCGCCGCACUCUUUUUGCGUCCACAACCUUACCACGAGGACAUAGUUCGCCUGCGACUCCUGCCACAGUUUUGCGAGCUCAAUCCGAAUGCCACGUUCUCAAAGGCAGCGAUGUACGAAGUGAUUUUGUCUGUGGCUCUGGAGCACAAGUGCUCGGCCCUGUUGAACGACUGCGCUCGCAGCUGGUUGGAUGGAAGCUUCUUGUGCAACAUGAUCGAAUCCACGGAGCUCUCGCUCUCCACGCUGACCAACUGGAUCAUGAAGCGCGCCGGGCAGAUCAAGCAGCGCUGCGCGGAGCUCUGCCAGGGCAUCUUUGACUACGGCGGCUAUUCACUGGACGAGCGGGAGCGUCGCGAGUUCGAGAUCCUCGCCACCCAGUUGCGUGAGCUGUUGCGACUGCAGACGUACAUUGUCGAGCUGGGAACGCGCCGGCUGUCGCCCACCGUGCUCUCCGAAUGCCAGACGAACAGGCGGGCACUGCAGACGGUUCACGAGUUCCAUCGGGUGCUCUACUGGUUUAUCGAGCAGGCCCUUCUGCCGGAGGGUCAGCACGAGGAUCAUCGCCAGCACCGGGAGCCGCCACUCGUCAGCCUGCGGCGCGACUACUCCGAAAGGCGGACUCUGCGAAAGAACCUAUAUAUCGACACGCUGACAGGCCAAACCGGCCUGCCCUCCACAUAUCCGCCGGAGUCGCUGAAAGCCCUGCUGCUUGUGAUGCUCGAGCCGUACACAGAGCUCGCCAGCAAGCACGCACUCGUCCUCUAUCUGCUGUUGGACCUCAAUCCGCCAUUGAGCCGGCGCUUUCAAGCCAACUUUGAGCUGGACGAGGAUCUCGCGAAGUCGGUGCGCUCCUUUUGGAGCUUGGAUCGCGGCGAUUGCACGGGGUGCGUCAAUGAGCUCUACAAGGAUUUCGCGAUGAGCGUAAACCUAGAGGAAUGGCAGACGCGUCUGCUGCUGGAGGGCCUUCUGGCCGCCGGGGCUGUGAAGGCGGCCAUGCGCGUGGUCAGCCAACCGCCUGGUCCCAUACCCGCCGCCCUGCACAUGAGCGUGCUGCUGGCGAACGGGAGCAUGCCGGAGGCCUUCGAGAAGGCCCGCCUCCACGACAGAGACGGCGGGGCGGGCCAGUCGCUGCUGGAGCUCUUCUUUCGCUACUGCAUCGAGCGCAGACGCUUCAAGGUGCUGGCCGAGCUGUGCCUGCGCGAGCAGGAGGAGGCGCUCCUGUACCGCCUGCUGCGCCAGUGCCGCUCGCGGCAGACGGAGUGCGUCCAGCUGAUCCUGCUGCUGCAGAAGAGCAAGUUCGUCGAGGCCGUGUCGCUGAUGGACCAAGUGGCCGCCGACAGGGAGAGGGACGAGUCCUCCAGCACGAUCAUUUCCGCCUAUCGAUCCACCAUGGCACCGGUGGCCCAGAACAUUGCCGGCACCUAUAUGCGCAUACGGGGCAACCUGGACGGCAUGGAGGAGGGCUGCCCGGACGCCGGUCCCCUGCUGCCCUUCAGCUGCCAGCUGGUGCAGCAGAACGCCAGCGGCCAAGUGGGCGGCAUCUUCCAGAGCUCCGCUGUGAGCGCCCAUUGGGCGACGCACUGCGAUGCGACUGCCUCGGCACCCGUUCAUAUGCCCUCCGCCAUUGGUUACUCGAACAUUCCGUUCCUGCGGCACGAGCAAUUCGGACCGCCGGACCACUUGCAGCGCCUGCCGUUGGUCAAGCCCGUGCCGCACCAGUCGGUGGAGAAGCGACAGCGCGAGGAGCAGGAGGAGCAGCAGCGGAAGCAGCAGCAGUCGCAGUCACAGUACUCGCUGCAGCCGCGCAAACGUCGUCGCCUUCUCGCGGAGCAGCUGCUGGAGGACGUGCGUGGUCACAUCAAUUCGCUGAUGGAUCAUCAAUCGGAGCAAAGGGAGCUGGAGGACGCGGAGCAGAAUGGGGCCAGUGAUUUGCUGCAGCUGCCGAACUUCCUUCAUGCACGCCAGCGCACCGAGUCGGACAGCCGGCCGAGCAGCAUUGCCCACCAGGCAAUACCCACGAUCCUGAAGCGGCAAUCGACCGUCACUGGCGCUCCGCCGGCAGCCACAUCCACAACGCUAGCGGAGCCGAAGCGAUUCCGUUUCAUGCCGCCGAUUCCACUGCGAUUGGAUGGCUCCAUGGCUGCGGUCCACGAGGAUAAGCAGGAGCAGGAGGAGGAGGACGAGGACGAAACGGACGAGAUCAUCGUGGAGAUCGAGUCGAGAAGCGAGCCGCGAAGCGCCGACAGCAGUGCCUCCGAUGAGUUCUGUUCGCCGAUGGCCUCCGCCAAUGUUUCCCUGUUGGAUCAGCGGGACUCUCCGCGCCCCAUGAUCCCGCCAGCUGGCCCGCAGCCGCGCAGCUCGUUGCUGCAGGAGAGAACCUCGAUCGGAAGUGGAGUCCAACGGGCUGGUGGCUUGGGAACAGGCAGCGAGAGCAGCAGCGGAUUCGGCAGCUUUGCCACGGUGCAACCGGCCCAAACGACCUCGCAUUCGCAGUUCGUGCCCACCGUUUGCUCAUCCAAAAUGGGCGAGACCCAGUCGCAGGUCUUCUUCGCCGGGAGUGGUCUGGUGAGGAUCUCCGAGCGCACCACCAUCUGCGGCGAAAUGGAGUCCACUGAGCUCGGAUCGGAGCUAAUGGCUGCGCCGAGUUCACAGUGGUCGCUGCCCGCGGAGCGGCCACUUGGACAGAUUGGUCAGAUGAUGGACACCACGCUGGGCAUGUCCACGUACGAUGUGCAGCCAGAAAGCCAGGACGAUGGUGAUGCCGAGGAGGAGGAGGAGGAGCUGAAAUUGGGUGAGACUCAGUCGCCAGAGCAGCACAAUCAACAGGAUGAAGAGGAGGAGGGGGAACAGGUACGAGAUCAGGAGCAGGAACGUUCGGAGACCAGCGGUUACCAGCUGGCGUUCCUGGCCAACUCCUCGGAGGCACCCGCCACUUCGGAGCCGCUCUCCUCGCCCACUUGCAGCCUGAGCAGCGAGGAAUCGGACAUGUCCUCGGCGGGCAUUCGCAAUCCGCUGCUGCCGUCGCUGCCGAACGACGAUCCCAUGUACUCCAUCGUCGUGGAGUCGACGGGCUCGAUAACGACAUCGCGUUCGGUGACGCACACGCCGACAUCCUUCCUGCCCAGCGACACGAACGUCUCGCAGAACUCGAGUCCACGCGGAGCAGCGCAUGGCGACAACGAUGGCGAUGGCUCGCCGAUCUCGCUGUAUCGCGCGAACAGUUUGGAAACGGUGGACGAUCUGGACACCACCAAGGGCUCGCUGGAGGAGGAGGAGGACGGCUACGACGAGGACGACUGUGUGAUCGCACUGGAUGGCACCGAGGUGCGCGGCUAUGUGGCCCGUCCCCAGCAGUCGGCGGCCUGCAGCAGCGCCGAGUUGUUCGCCUUCAAGGACGACUGCCAGCAGCAGCAGCAGCAGGAGGAGGCGGCCAGCGGUCCGCGUCCCUCGCUCUCGCUGGGCGCCACCGUCAACAGCGACUCGGUGGUGGCCGAGACCAUUGUGGUGGACAGCGAUGAGGAUGAGGAGGAGGAGGAGGAGAAGCCGCAGCCGCAGCCGGAUGCGCAGAUGGAGCAGCAAAAGGAGCCGGAUCAGCAGCCAAUGGAAGAGGAUGCCGGUAGCAAUGAUUCCGUGAACACGGUGGCCUUUAGCGAACCCAAGCAGCCGAUGGUUGUCGAGAGCGAGAUCGAGUUGGAGGUGGUCCAGGAUGGAGAAGUCCCGCAGGAGGUGAUGCAGCUGGAGCGGAUUCCCGAGGAAGAGGCUGAAGAGGAUGAAGAUGCUGCAGCAGUGGUGGUGGUGGAAGAUGUGAUUGAGAUGCCAACUGAUGAGGUGAUCAAUGAGGCCAAUGAGCACAUCAGUGAGGGAAUCAAUGUGGUCGCCAAGGAGGAGGAGGUAAUUAAGGUGGCUAAUGAGGAGGUUAUUGAGGAGCAAGCAGAGGAACCAUCGGACAAGCCAUUGGAGGAGCCAUCAGAGAAGCCAUUGGAGGAGCCAUCAGAGGAGUCCACACCCCUCGUAAAGGAACGAACCGAAGAGCGGAAAAAACCGCACUCCUCAGAGGCUUCCCGGGCAGCGCCGCUUUUGGAGCAGGAAGAGGACUUAGCCGGGAGUCUAGUGCUAGUGCUGUCCGACGAUGAGGAGCCGGCCAAGGCACCCGCCCCAAGGACACGCUCCCGCCGCAGCUCCAACGUGGACAGUCCGCGAGCGUUGCGGCCGCGUCGCGGUUCCCUAGAGCACAGCGACAGUCCGGUCCCGGGCACUGGUCCUAGCCACAGGAUUUUAGUGCGUAAAACCGCGUCGCCCGUUUCGACGCCCAAGCGCCGCACGAUGCAGCACCGGCACUUGCUGGACGUGAUCGAGGAGCAGGGAUCGCAGGAUGCCUGGCUGCCGCGCACUCGUUCGCGGUCGCGUCUCAGCGUGGACUCGGAGGGAGCCUCGUCCUCGCGGCCGGCCACUCCGACCAGACCGCGGGAGCGGGGCAAGCGAGCCGUAUCGCUGGCGCCGCAGAGCAGCGAGCCAGUGAAGCCGAUUCCCAGUCUGCGGCAUUCGUUGCGCGGGAUCAGUGAACCGCCAGCCAGUCCGGCAUCGAAAAAGAAAGCAGCAGCAGCAGCAGCUGCAGAUGAUUCCCCCGAGGACCAGCAGCAGCCUCGACUCCGUCGCUCGGCGCGCAUACGCACCUCGGAGCAGGCCAGUGGCUCCACCUCCUCGGAGUCCGCCUCGCGGUCGAACUUAACUAACAGCAGCACCACCACCACCGCCACCACCACCACACACCGCGAGCGGCGUCCUCGCAUCCGGAGCCGAUCCAAGUCGGAUGCCUGAGAUGCCAUCUAGUUAUUUUAGUCAGGAAGUGCCUCCUCCUGCUGCUGCGUCCGAAAAACAACAAAGGAUGUGUGUGAUGUGUAAGUCACAGCCAUCUCAACUGACCCAUGUCACUUGCAUCUGCAAUCUCCGAUGAACCAAGUGGGUGGAAACGUCCUCGGAGGCACUUCUCAACGAACCGCUGUCGCUUGACAUUUUAUUUUAAAUUUGUUUACGUUAAAUACCAAUUUGAAUUGGCAUCUGUUCUAUAUUUUAAAUAAAAAAAAUUGAAGUUGAAA